GCGAGAAGGAAGAGGGAGGGUCUGUGUUUAAAAGCACCCAGAGCGUUUAGUGCCUCGCACAGAAACAAAGCAUGGAAAACAGAUUGUGUUUUUGAAUGUGUUGCCUGUGGUGGAGCUUCAGGGAGAAAAUCUGCAGCCUCCAGUGGAUUCGGUGGUCAGAGGAAACUUCACAAACUGAGCAGAUUUGAUCUUCUGUCUUUCUACCUCCAGAAAAAAGGAGAAUUCAGCGAAUAAAAAUGAACCAAACUGCAACCGUCUCCCAUCAGAUUGAGUGUCAGCCGGUCAAAGAUGUCAAGGAGUUUGUGGACGUCAGCCCGCCGCAGAGGAACUGGAAGGGCAUCGCCAUCUCGCUGCUGGUGAUCGUGGUGGUCUGCUCGCUCAUCACCAUGUCGGUGUUCGUCCUCACACCCGUCGAGCAUCCUGGAAGCAGUAAGUCCAGACUGACCGUGGCGGAUCUCUACAAGCCAGAGUUCAGCGUUCACGACCCAGAAGCGACAUGGAUCAGCGAUUCAGAGGUGGUGUACAGGAACAGAGACGGUCACGUCAUCAAGUUUGACUUUGUCCUGAACGAGACUGAAGUCAUUCUGACCAACAGCACUUUUGUGGCUUUCAAGGUGGCAAAGUACUCGCUGUCUGCAGAUCUGAAGUACGCGCUGUUCGCAUACGACGUCAAACCGAUGUACAGAUAUUCGUACACGGCGUCUUACAUCGUCUACAACAUCUACACGAGGGAGGUUUGGGAGCUAAACCCUCCGGAGGUCCACAACGCAGUCCUCCAACAUGCAUCCUGGGGAAGACAAGGACAGCAGCUGAUCUACAUCUUUGAGAAUAAUAUUUACUACCAGUCGGAUGUGAGGAGUAACUCGCUGAGAAUCACCUCCUCUGGGAUGGAGGGAGUCAUCUUCAAUGGAGUCACUGACUGGCUCUACGAAGAGGAGAUUCUUCACUCACACUUGGCCCAUUGGUGGUCGCCUGACGGAGAAAGACUGGCCUUCCUCACCAUAAAUGACUCUCUGGUUCCCAACAUGGCUCUGCCCCAGUUCACCGGCAGCACCUACCCCAGAGGCCUGCAGUACCCCUAUCCAAUGGCCGGUCAGACGAACCCUGCGGUGAAGCUGUCAGUCGUCAACCUGUUCGGUGGGACUCACACUCAGGAGCUGCAGCCUCCCGAUCAGCUCGGACUCAGGGACUUCUACAUCACCAUGGUGAAGUGGAUCAGCAACACUCAUCUGGCCGUGAGGUGGAUCAACCGGCCACAAAACGCCUCGCUGCUGACCGUGUGUGACGCCACCGUCGGAGCCUGUCUUCAGAGACACGAGGACUCUUCAGACACCUGGCUGCCCAGACAGAGUGAAGAACCGCUGUUCUCCAAGGACAGGAGCAGGUUUUUCCUCACGCUGCCAGUGAAACAAGGAGGGCAGGGAGAUUUCCACCACAUCACCAUGUUCACCAAGAAGUUACGAAGCAGCCAGGAUGAAGUUCGCCACCUGACGUCGGGAGGCUGGGAGGUGACAAAGAUCGUAGGUUACGAUGAAACCAACCAGAUCAUAUACUUUCUGCGCACCGACGGCGCCGCAGCACAAAGACACUUGUACAGCGUCUCAACACUCGACUUGUUUCCACGGCGAUGCCUCACCUGUGAUCUGAGGGAGAAUUGUACCUUCUUCGACGCUGACGUCAGCCCCGAUGCUCAGCACGCCAUCCUGCACUGUCGAGGUCCCGGAGUUCCAGCUGUGCUGCUUCUAAGUUUCGACAACGUGGACUCCUAUUUCAUCUUGGAGAAGAACCUCCCUCUGCGAUCUGCGCUGGAGACCAGAAGGACUGUUCAGACUGAAAUCCGGAUGAUCACUAAUGACAACUUUGAGCUGCCUCUGAAGCUCAUCUAUCCUCCAGACUUCUCCGAGUCGUCCCUCUACGGCCUCCUUCUAAUUGUCGGCAGCUCUCCAGGCGACCAGACUGUGACGGAGGAGUUCAGGCUGGACUGGGAUCAGGUUCUGGUCGGGUCAGAUCAGGUCAUCGUGGCCCGGCUGGACGGCAGGGGUUCUGGCUUCAGGGGUCAGAGGAUCUUACAGCAGGUUCAUCACCGGCUCGGCGACGUGGACGCCAAUGACCAGAUCGCAGCUCUGCAACACCUGGCGAGGCUCCCGUUCAUCGAUCGCACUCGUGUCGGAGUCUUUGGAGAGCAGGGCUACGGCGGCUACCUCGCCCUGAUGAUGCUGAGGUCCACGGACAACCCGAUCAGAUGUGCAGCAGCUCAGGCUCCCAUCACCGACUGGACGCUGUAUGCCUCGGCCUCCUCAGAGAGAUACUUCGGUUCGCCUUCGACUAAGGAGAGCAAAUACGAAACCUCCAAAGUGCAGCCCAGCAUGAAAAGCCUGCAGGAUAGGACUCUGUUUCUGGCUCAUGGCACCGCUGACGCCAACGUCCACUUCCAGCACUCAGCAGAGCUCAUCAAACACUUGAUAAAGAUCGGCGCCAACUACACUAUGCAGAUCUACCCAGAUGAGGGUCACUUCCUGUCCAGACGCAGCCAGAUCCAGCUCACUCAGUCCCUGGUUGGAUAUUUCAGAGGAUGUCUGCACGAUGCGUCAUCGCUGCUCGACCAACGGGACGACGACUGAGGCGUUGCCGUGGUUACCGCUGUGUUUUUCCUGAGCGUACGUGCCCCCCCCCUCCCGGUAGACCGAGUUUGUGUUUUAUACCUGUAGCACAGCGUCUGAUGGACUCAACAAGCUUCUUCUCAACACAUCAGACCAAGUUUGUCACCUCGGUAGAAACAGCAGCAGUUUGGCUCACGGGGAGUUUCAUCGCCUCUGUUGUCCAGGCGGAGCUCAGAAAUGCUUCGUUUCUUGGGGGAUUUUUCAAAUUCGAGCACUUACUGCAGGCUGCUCUUCACAAAAUUUAGCAGAAUUAGCAUAAAAACUGAAACUCAGCUGCAAUUAAGUGCAAUUCUGUCACUGAUUAGCUUUUAAAUCAGUUAAGUAUUUCUUCGUCUCCUCAAAUAUCAAAUUCCUAUAAAUUCUUGGUCCUCUUAUUUAGAUCAUGCUAAUAGCUUUUUUGUCUCAACAUUAAAAAGUGAAAAAAAUGACCUGCUAGCAUCACUUUCUACAGAUUAGCUUCUCAGCUGCAACACAAAAUGUUUGGUUCUUUUGUACAAAACUCAAAGGUAAAAGUUUGGUGCAUAAAAUUUUCAGAUUGAGAAGUUAACUACAUCUCCCAGGGUGCAUUUCAUCAAGAAACAACCAGUCACACAUCUUCAUGUUCUACCAAAGAUAGCGCUGUUGAUCUAACCUCCCGAAACAGUGUUUAAAGUUUAAUUCUGCAUCACUUUUAAUAGAAAUCAGACCCAUAUUUGACUAAAUAUUUGCCCCUGAGGAUCAUGGGUAUUGUAGUAUUUCUCCUAAUCCGCCAUGAACAAAGCCUUUUUUGUGUUUAGGAACAUUAAAGAUCAUUUUUAAGUUUCAAAAAAAAAAAACGUCAAUGAAGUCAAAAAUUAUUCAGUUACAUGUAAAUUGAAACAAACUGAGCUCUCUGAUUAACAUUUUAUACUUAAAUUUGCAUUUUUUUCUCUCAGACAAACCUCUUCCGGCCCCGUUUCCUUACUUUUAAUCAUUAAAACAUGUGAACAACAUUGAUUUUGAAGCAAAAGUGUGACUUUAGUUGGACUUUUGUGACUAAUAAAGCACAAAUCAGUGUUACAAUGUAUAAAAAUAAUUCCAUUGUUAAUUACUUAUGUUUGAGUAAUUUAUUAUAGGUUUUUGCACUAUACUCAAUGGAACUGUGCAUUCUCAUGCAAACUAAAUCCGGCCUCAUCCGAAAAUUGUGUUGGAAAACCAAUUUGGAGGCAAAAGUUGAAUUUGAGUGUGAAAAUGAAUGUUUUCAUCUUUUUUUCAUAAGUCAAGCUCCUUGUCGGUGUGUUUGGAUUUUUUAGCGGAGCAUAAUAUCGACCGCAGGAUCUUUCAUGAAAUAUUGAAAGUUGGAUGCAAAUUACAGCAAUCUGUCCUGUCAGUGAGACGUGAAAUCAUUUGAAAAAGCAGCUUCCAGUGAGAAAUAUACUAAAAAAUGAGUUUUAUAGAGUAAGUCCCGACUUCAUGGACGUUUUUGGGGGCAUAUUGUUACCUUCAUGUUUCCUUUAGCACAUUUCUAACGUCCUAAAGGUUGAACUUAAACAAUAGUUUGUCAUGUAUAUUUACAUGUUCUCUGUUUUGAUAUUUUAUCGCUUUCGAUCUCCUUGUCAAGUGUCUGCAUUGAAAUGGGGCUUAUUUAUUUGUUACUUCUAUAAGUAGAUAUUUGUCAUUUUACACCUUUUUUGUUGGUGGUUUUUGUCGUCCGUUGCACUUAAAGGUGAACAGGAGUUUAAUGGGAUUGAAUUCAUGUCACCCAAACUGCUCAUAGUCGCAACAUUUUGGGAUGAAAUAUGACUUAAGGGGAAAUUAAUCUGCAGCGGGUCCUUUGCAGGUUAUAAAUCUUCUGUUGUGUAAAAACGACGUCGUUGUUUUUUAGGUAAUUGCAGUCAGCUUUGUUUUUUUUAAUGCAUUUUGUACAAAAUGUAGUUUUAGGCCACUUAAUGUCUUUUUCUUUUAUCUCUUCACAUGAUAAAACCAUAUUUCACUCCAGUGUUUUUGCUGCCACACUAGAAAAAGAAAAACAAAUCGAUUUCAUGUUAGAAUCUUAAGUUUAUCUUUACAAUUAGUUUUUUUUUUUGCUGUCAUAAAAUAUUUUCAUAUUAUUAUUCAUUUAAAAAAAAUGUAAAUAACUGGUCAUGUUCCUUGAGCUGGGACGCUUAAAAAUACUGUAAAAUAAAGAGUAAAAAAACUCAUACACUCAUUAAUUCCCCCUAAUUAAAAUACUGUCUUGCCUUAAAUUUAUUACUUUAUCUUUAGUUUAAUAAAGGAUAUUUACACAUGUACAAACAAGGAAAUUAUACAUAUUUAAUGAGAUAUACUGACAUAAAUAGAUUGUAUAACUAAAAAUACGUUUGAAAACUUAUAAUGGCAGAAAUAUUUCCAUUUUACUCUUUUUUUUUUUUUUUUUUGAUGGAACUGUUUAAUUCAAGUUAAACACUGAAUAUAUUUCUGGAAUUUAAUCAAAUUUAUGAACAUUGCCAGAAAAAGAAAUAUUGGUUGUAUAAAUGAGAGAUCUGUAUAAUUGCACAAGUUUUAACAACAAAAGUGUUGGACAGAAAUGUGUGUUCAUCAAUGUAUGAUUAUUAAUAGCGCUGGUAGUUCAGUUUAUAUCACCAUCUAUCAAUAAAUGAUCUGUUAUUAUUGGAUGUUUUAGGCGAUUUCCUUGUUUUACCCAUGGAAAAAUCCUUUGAUCAAGGUUAAAAAGCCAAAAACCCAUAUUGUCUCAUGCAAACACUGGUAUUCUGUCAAAAUACAGUUUUACUAUUUAUCUUUCUGAAUAUCUCAUGACGUAUGUAAAUAUAUUACAGAUAAUUUCUUUGGUUUUACACAUUUAAAUAUCCUUCAUUAAACUUUAAAAAGUCUAAACAUACAAAUAAUCUCAUGUAAUAUUUGCUAAAAAAAUAUUAUUAUGGAAAAUGACUUUAUUAGCUCCAGCUGUUGGAAAAUGACCGAUAUUUUACUUUUUUGAAUUUCCACUUAUUUUUUUUCCAACCGUUUUCUGGUGUGGCUGCAAUCUCCUGUAUUUGCACCAAUUUCCAGUUGCAUCUUUUGUGCAUUUCCAGCUGCUGUAAGCUAUUUUUCGGGGGUUAUAAAGUGCUGCAAAGAAAGGCAGCACAGCGCUCCUCGCUACAGUUAUGGCCGCCAGAUUCUUGUCGAGUGGAACUGAUUGCGGCGACGAUUGUCCUUGUUGGUGCUUUUAGAGGAGAGGAGGAAAAGGGCUGGAGCUGCCAUGAAAACAGAGUCCGUGCUGGUAGUGAUGAUACAUGUAGCUAGCAGCUGGUUGCCAUGACAACCCAACAGGCAGCCCAACACCUUAAUUCAUUUAGAGAAGACAUCCAGUCUGAAGAAACAAUGCGUGAGCUGUGGUGUUUGUACCACCACUGCAGCUGGGUUUUAUUUUGGCGGGGAAACGUUGCGAAUGAACGAACGACAAGAAGCUUGUUGUAUUUUUUGGCCGUUUUAUUAUUAAAGGUACCAUGAAGGAGCCACAGGCUGGACUCGAAUUAUUAAAAGUGAAUUUACAGUCUGA